CUGGGCGCUGGAGUCGCGGCUUCUCUAUCGCUUCCUCCGGUGGUCAACCCAGCGUUCGCCACCUUUGGCAGCAGCGAACUGUGGGGCUGUCGGUGUGCGCUGCGACGAGCUAAUCGCUGACUUGCAAUGUAGAACCACAUUGGAAUGGUUUGAGUUGGAAGUGACCUUUUAAGUCAUCUAGUUCCAAUUCCCCUGCUAUGAGAACCACGAGUCCCGCGUAGUUCAAAGUCUGAUCCAGCCUAGCCUUGAACCCCUUGCAGUACAAGAAAGAUAAGGAGGUGCUGGAGAGUGAACAGCACAGGGCCUCAAAGAUGUUUAGGAGCAUACAGCGCUUCAUACGGGAAGAGACUCAGGGAGCUGUCAGACUCUUUUCAGUGAGACAGGACGAGGAGCAAUGGCCAUAAACUAAAAAACAAGAAGUUUCAGCUUAACAUGAAGACCUUUACAUGGAGAGUGGCAAGAGAUGGGCCGGUCGGGGCUGCCCAGGGAGGUCGUGGAGCCUCCCUCUCUGGAGACAUUCCAGACCGACCUGUACGCGUUCCCGUGAAGCCUGAUCAGGUGACCCUGCUUUGGCAGGAGCGUUGGACUAGAUGAUCUCCACAGGUCACUUCCAACCCUAAUAAUCUGUGACUCUGUGACUCAGGCUCCCUGGUCAGCCUGUUUCAGUGCCUCAGCACCCUCGCAGUAAAGAUUUGUUUCCUAACAUCUAAAAUGGAUUAUCCUCGUGCUUUUGUGCUAAAGCCGGCUGGCGCCCCGGCUCGGCGAAGAGCUGCCUGUGCCCGGCUAAAGCGCCUUUGCCAUGGGCAGAGGUAGCGCCGAGAGCGGGCUGAGUUACACCCGGACAGAAUUCGGCUGUGCCGGGGCUCUGGCCGGCGUUGUGACCGCCCGAGCACCGUGCGCUCUCCUGCGGUGUCCCCACAGGCAGGGGCUGCCCGGGAAGUCACACACGUUCCCUGAUCCCGGCAGGCGGCGGUGCCCAAGGGCGGGGGGCGCGCGGCUGCCGCUUUUCCCGCGCAGCCCGUGAGGUGAUCCCGGCGGGAGAACCCCUGCCACAGGCGCUUCCGCCCAGCUCCUCAAAACCAUCCCGCUGGGAGAACUCUCCCGCGGGGCUUGGAGCGACACUUCCCUGUGGCACUGCCCUGCCUUGGUGCCAGGUGGGCUGAGGGCACAGGGAGCAGUGCCUUCCCCUUCUCUCGGUGAGGCUUCUGAUUUCUGAGAAUCACCAUCCUGUUUCCCUUCAGUUUCGGCUGAGCCUGAGCCUGAGUGCAGGACAGCUUCGUACUUCACUGAAUGCCACCACCAUCUUCAGAUCCUGCCUCAAUUUUUCAGUCAUCCUGACAGUAAGAGUAGCUACUCUCGCUCGGAUUGAUGUUGUGCCCAGCUUGAAUGAGGAGGUUCUUCAUUCAAAUUUCCAGACCCAGGUACUGCUUUGGGGCAAUCAACAACAUACCAUGAAUAGCACCAGACACCAGUCACUGUUCUUUGUCAGUCUGCCUGAACUGCAAAAACUCUGUGCUGCAACAGUAACACUGAGUUCUCAGAUACCAGAAAGUGAGGCAAGGAGUACACAGAUAAAGACUUGCAGACAAUUAUUAUUCCUGUAUCAAGAAGUCCUUUCUGCACCUGUUAUGGGGACACUGAAUCAAAUUUCGGUUGUGAUGGCGAUACCAUUUUAUGAAUCAGGAAUAUGUCAAGCCUAUGUAGAGAGACACGGAGCUACUCUGGAAGCACCGCAAACAGUUACUCCAGCCCUUCUCCAAACCUGUCUCUCCUACACACUUACAGCCAGGCUUGCACCCAGAUGGAACAAGGCUGGUCAUCUCCUGGUGCAAGGGAAAGACUUUUUGUGUCAUUCAGGAAGGCAAAAUGCUGUUGUUAUAGACCUCAAUGUGUCAGAGAGACAGCUUUGCAUCAGUGUGGAGCCUUGCUCAAUUCGGCUGCCACCCCCCAAGCUGGGAGAUUUUGAUAUUUCAGCAAACACCACAAAACUGUUUGACAGCAAUGAAAAUAUGGUUAUUCAGCAACAUUCCAUAUUAAGUAACUGGUGCUAUGUUUUGCCAAGCAUGAAAAUGGGUCAGAUCAUAAACAUCAGCCACAUAAUUCCUCCAGAAUCUCCUUUCCGUUCAUAUAAGGAUUUUCAGAUGCACUGGAAGAGUCUGUAUGGAUAUAUUCUUCCUGAGGAUCUCGAAGAGACAAAAAUAUACUUGAGUGUUUACUUCAAACCAAUAGGGGAAAGGUUCUUUACGUACCCUUUAAGUUGCAUCCGAAGUCAGCCAGUGCAGUAUUUCCCCAGAACAGAUGCAGAAAGUGUAGUGAACUCUUUUCUUUCUGACAUGAAGAGCAAUUUUUCACAGCUGUGUGGAUUUCCAGUAAAGAUGACAAGUAAAGCACUUUAUGCUACAAAAGAACUCACCAGGCCUUCAGUGCAUGAAAUAAAACCUAAGCAUACAAAAUUGGACGGUGAGAUGGUUUGUGUAGUAUCUCUGACGCAGGCUCCUCCAAGAAAACCGACUUUGCCUGGAAUUCCUUCACCGUGCAGUGCGGAAAAUAGCCACUGGAUGGAGUGUUUGAUCCAAGAGCCAGGAGCACACAGUUUUUCGAGUAAGACUACAGGAGGGGUUAGCAUUGAAGCAACAGAGAAGUCAAUGAGCAAUAAGCAAAUACCUGGCGUGCCAAAGUUACCAACGGCAAAAUCUUUAGCACCACCUGUAAACUCAGCCUUUGAAUCCACGCCCCCAAAAGUCAGCAAAAUUAUACCAAUUUUCAAAGGAAAGUUGAUGCAAAUGAAUGGAAAGAUCACAAGUCAAACAGAUAGGAAGAAAAGGGAAAAUGCUGAAUGGCAUUCACCAAUAAAAAGUGUGGGUAUUUCAUCUUCUAUGCUCUCUGUGCACAAAUCCAGCAUAACUCAGGUUUUCAAACACAUUCAAGACGUGCCAGUCAAAACUCCUACUGACAGCAGCGCCCUUCAGGUAAAGAACACAAAGACACACCCAAAACAUGGUACACCCAUAUUCCGAUGGAAAACCCAGUCUAAUGGACAAAUUACUAACUCUGAUUUUUCUGAAAACUCUGCUUCAGGUGGGAGUCCAAGUGAAGUCAGUCACAAAAAGACAAAUUCUCUGUUCUUUCUUAAACAUGUUGGGCCAGUGCUUCAGAAGUCAAGCACCAGUCCAUGUCUGAAUACACAUGAAUCUCCUACUUCUAGUGCAAGAAGGGGGAAAAAGUUUGCAAGUCAAAAUACUACUCAAUUUUUUGAGAAACAACACCAGUCAAAGGAAGUGCAUUUGCAAAUUUGUAAAUUAGACAAUGAAAUGACAAUUUCCAGCUUGCCACUGCAACAAACAAAGAGAUCAAAUAAAGGAGCUGGGUUAAAUAUUCAUGAAUCUGUCUUCAAAGAUACAGUGUGCAUGGCCAAAAGUGAAGCAAACAAAGCAGCAUGCCACUCUAAGGACUGUACUGCUGAGACAACCAGUCAUCAUUCCAAACCUAACUUUGAACAGAUGAUUGCAGGGAGCAGGUAUCUGACAUGUGAAACACUGACCUCAAAACCAACUUUGCCAGACAUGGAGAACAACAUGGAAGCAUCUGUAAAGAAAGGUUGUGCCAGAAGAAGACAGCAGAAAGAAGAAGGUUAUUCGAAGUUAAAGAGAGCCAAAAGAAGUAAAACUUCUACUUAAGGAGUUCUGGAGUAUUGAAAGAAAACACUACAUCUGGGUUCCCAAGAGGGCAGUAACAUACUUCAGAAUCUCUGAACUUUGUGUAUUUUGCUGUUUGCCAUUGGUAGCAGUUUCUGGAUGAAAAUUUGAGGGUUAAAUACAGUCAGAUGAAUCCAUGUAUCAUCAACUUCUUCAGACAGUUCAGGUUAAUAAGCCUCUAAUGCAUAUGAAAAUUCAACUAAAUUGUUUAGUUUUUGAAUUACAUUAUGUAUGUCCUGCUACUUGCUUACACAGUUAAUCAUUCUUCCAAAUUAUUUUGUUGUUUCUAGUCAGGUUUUUAAAGAUAAACUAUUUAAUUCUUUGUUACAGUGCCUGGGCCAGUUUGAUUCAUCAGUAAAAAAAUCCCAAACAAGUUUUCCUUAUCGAGUCAAAUGACUGGAGAAUAAACAAUUUUAUUCCUACAGAAAUAAUUUAAAGGCUGGAUUUGAGUCAAGCUUCAUUAAUUCUCAUUGUAAUUUUUGAUGACUUUUCAGAUAUGAAACUGCUGUGUAAAAUAUUUUUUUAAGUUUAGUUCCCCAUUCUUCAGGAGUUCUUAGAAAACCUGUAAUUGGCCUUUGAGGAGUUUUGUUGCUGUGUGACUUCAGUGACCUACUGGGAUGUGCAGAUACAAAUAUAUACACAUAUGUAAGAUUGUUGCCUCAUAAUCACUGCUUUGGGGUGACUAAUAUUGUGUUCCCUGGAAAAUAAGAAUCAAAUGUCACACUAGCUCCUAAACUCAAACGUUACAGAACUGUAGUUUAACACUUGUUUUGGACAUACAUUUGCAAAUCUUUUUUUCUGAAGGGAUUGAUACAAUGGGACUUUGUGCCUUUCAUUAAACUUUUUUUUUUUAGGUUCAUAUUGCAAUAGCUGUAUUUCUCUUCGCUUCAUUUUUCCAAGCUGGAUUUUGUCCUACUACUAUGACAACUUUUGUUUUGUUUUGUUUUGCUUUUUCUUGAAUGGUGACUGUCAACAUGGUUUUAAUACAUAAUACAAAAACAAACAAACAAACAAAGGAAAAAACCCCAAACAACAAGCCAAGACAAACACUAAAAGUGCUAUAUGCUCAGCAAGAAAUCAGAUUAUAUUUUCAUUUUGUAUGGAAGCUGGUAUAAAAGGCUCCUUUUCAAAUGCUGUGGUUUAGUUACCUUUCAUAGGUUUAACUAUAUGUAACUGAUCUUUCUCCUGUCUUACAUGAAAAACCCUGUAGAGUAGUUGCAUUUCUACCAUGCUAUAUAAAUUAUUGUUUUGCCUGAUCUGUUUCCUAUUGUUGUUUUUAAAAUGCUGCUGGUUGCCAGCCUUUGUCUUGUAUUAUCACAGAAGUAAUUUUGCACAAUUUUUGCAUUUUUUUCAAUGUUUACAUUGUUUUGUGUUAUCUGUUAUAGAACUCAAAAUACAGAAAAAAUUAUUUA